UCGGCUUUAGUCAGUCAGGUAUUGUGUUUAGCACAAAAAUGUUAUAAGAAAUUUUCAAAAAAUACAUUCGAUAAUUUCGGUUGAUCAAAAUUUUUGGCGAUGGCAACCCGCAGUGAGCAGUUGCAGAAUAGCAAAGAUGUCUUCAAAUAUCCGCUGCGCGAUAUGUCCCAGGGUGCGGGAAACUUGUCCCCGCGCAAUGCAAACAACGAGGAGGAGGAUAGGGAUAGGGAAAGGGAACGGUAUCGUGAUCGCGAUCGUGCCUCCAAAUAUAGCACGGUCUGCUGGCAUCUCAGUCUCGUCAUGUUGGUGACAACAAUUGUCAUUGCACUGAUGUGGACGGUAUAUCUGAGCUUCGAUUAUUAUAAUUGCACUCCUGAACAGAGAUUUGCCAAUAUGCGCAAGGACUUUCAGGUUAAGGAGCGACGACGUCGUCUAGGUGGUAAAUUGAAAUUAAGUCCUCUUGAGGAGUUGGCAAAUGAUCGUCUGCUGGCAAUUCAGAAGAUCGACGAGGACAUGCAUCACAUAUGGGAUGAGUAUCAGCCACGUCCUCAUUACCUUACAAACUACAAUAUCAAUGAGACUGAUCUUUAUAGUGUACUACGAAAUAUGCCCAAAGGGGGUCUUCUGCAUGUCCACGACUUGGGCAUGUAUAGGACUGAUCUGCUUAUUAAUCAUACUUAUCAGCCUGAUCUGUGGACUUGCGUCGCUGUCAAUGGUGUCCUUGAAGACUUUCGCUUCUCUCGGAGUCGACCGACCGUUGAGCCCAAAGGCGAUUACAAAUGCCAAUGGGUAUUGUUGAAUGAGUUGCGAACUCUAGAGAAAUCUGCCUUUGAGCACAAGCUACGCAAAAGCCUCACAGUCGAUGCCCAUAGCUUUAAGAACUCCACUCACUUGGCCAAUCACUUGAAACGUGCAAAUCGUCUCAUCGAAGGAUUGGUCAGUUAUCGUCCAUUCUUUCCAUCAUUCCUCAUGACCAUGUUGGAGGAUUUCUAUACAGAUGGUGUGAAUUAUGUGGAGCUUCGCUCUUCUCUUCCAAUUCUGUACGAUUUGGAUGAUUCGAACUAUACCAUCUGGGAUACGGCAUAUGCAUUCCUUGUCACCACUGACAUGUUUCGUACCUCCCACGAAGACUUCAUCGGUCUUAAGUUGAUCUAUGCACCCGAGCAUGAUAAUAAUGAUAGCAAGUUAAGAUCUUAUAUAUCCAAUGCACGAUUUCUUAAGUCCCAAUUUCCCAAUUUUGUCGUUGGCUUUGACCUGGUUAAUUUUGGCGAUGAGUGUCAACAGUUGCCUCUGGGAACCGCCGUACAUUUACUGCAUGUCAGCAAGGAACUGGACUUUUACUUUCAUGCGGGAGAAUCACGCUGUCGGGGAAAUACGCCACAUGCAAAUCUCAUUGAUGCACUGCUUCUGGGCAGUAAGCGCAUUGGCAAUCCAAUCAAUUUGCCGCAACAUCCGGAAGUCAUCAGGGCCACCAAGAUACUAAAGAUUGCAGCGGAAGUGUGUCCACUGUCCAACUAUUAUCUUCAAUCUGUCAAUGAUUUCGGGCAACAUCCUGCGGCGUCUUUAAUUGCCGCUGGACAUCCCAUUGUUGUGGGCUCGGAUUAUCCCAGCUUUUGGAAUGCAGCUCCUCUCACCGAUGAUUUCUACAUAACCUUUGUGGGCAUUGCAAAUGGCCAGGCCAAUCUGCGCCUGCUCAAGCAGCUGGCCAUGAACUCCUUUCAGUUCAGUGCAAUGAACGAGGAUGAGAAACAAAAAGCCCUCCAUCAAUGGCAAUGUAGCUGGAACCAUUGGGUGGAAACCUUUAUGGGACAAAGUUAAAAUGGUUUCAUACAUUUAUUUGGAAGUCUGUGCUGAGAAUUUAAUAUGACAAAACAACUUUUGUUUCUUAAAAUAUUUAUGGAAUCUAUAUACCUGCAGUAUCAUCUAAUCCUACA